AUGGCUCGGCUCGGCCUUUCCAACGCUGAUCACGGAGAAGGCAAGGCGUGGACUGCUAUUGCCAUAGGACUUUUCGUGGCAUUUGGCGGUGUGCUCUUCGGCUAUGACACGGGUACAAUUAGCGGCAUCCUUGCCAUGCCUUAUUGGCAGAAGCUUUUCAGCACUGGAUACGUAGAUCCAGAUGGAAACAAGAACAUUACAGCCUCCCAAGAAUCCGCAAUCGUCUCUAUCCUCUCCGCCGGCACUUUCUUCGGUGCUCUCGCUUCACCCUUCCUCGCCGACUUGAUUGGCCGCCGCCCGGCCUUGAUGGUAUAUACUUGGGUUUUCAAUCUUGGUGUCAUCCUGCAUACGGUCGCCACGUCGAUUCCCCUGUUCUUGGCUGGCCGCUUCUUUGCAGGUCUUGGUGUUGGUCUCAUUUCUGCCGUUGUUCCUCUCUACCAGUCAGAAACGGCACCCAAAUGGAUUCGAGGUCUGAUUGUCGGCGCUUACCAAUGGGCCAUCACCAUCGGGCUCCUGCUCGCGGCCGUCGUGAACAACGCCACCUCGAAACGCAAUGACUCUGGAUCAUAUCGCAUUCCGAUCUCCAUCCAGCUUGCUUGGUCCCUUAUCCUGUUCGGGGGCAUGCUGCUGCUCCCAGAGACGCCUCGGUUCCUAAUCAAGAAGGACAACUUUGACAAGGCAGCCAAGUCCUUGGCGAGACUGAGGAGCCUGCCUACAGACCAUCCUGCUGUCCAGAGGGAGCUGGCCGAAGUGAAGGCGAACCAUGAGUUCGAAAUGAGUCUAGGCAGUGGCAGCUAUCUGGACUGUUUCAGGCCGCCUCUUAUCAAGCGGCAGUUCACCGGCAUGGCUCUGCAAGCUCUGCAACAGUUGACUGGCAUCAACUUCAUUUUCUACUACGGGACCAAGUACUUCCAGAACUCGGGCGUCUCCAGCGGCUUCGUCAUCUCCAUGAUCACGUCCUCCAUCAACGUGCUAUCAACCAUCCCUGGCAUGUACUUCAUCGAUCGGUGGGGUCGUCGUCCUCUUCUUCUCUGGGGAGCUGUUGGUAUGUGCGUUUCUCAGCUCAUUGUGGCCGUCUGCGGUACUGUGUCAUCGGGCCAGCGCGAUAACGGCGAGAUCAUCGUCACCAAUCUCGGUGGUCAACGGGCUGCGGUAUCCUUCGUUUGCGUCUACAUCUUCUUCUUUGCCUCAACCUGGGGUCCUCUUGCCUGGGUCGUGACUGGCGAGAUCUAUCCACUCAAGACACGGGCCAAGUCCCUGAGCUUGUCCACAGCGACCAACUGGUUGCUCAACUGGGCGAUUGCCUACUCUACCCCAUAUCUCGUUAACUAUGGCGAUGGGUAUGCCAACCUGCAGUCCAAGAUCUUCUUUGUAUGGUUUGCUGCUUGCUUCUUGUGUAUCGCAUUUGUGUAUUUCUUCAUCUACGAGACCAAAGGACUGAGCUUGGAGGAGGUCGACCAGCUUUACUCUGAGGUCAGUGUCGCUCGCCACUCAACCAAGUGGACGCCUGCAGAAUCCUGGGAGGACCGUCUUGGGGACAAGGGUGCGGCUGAUGUGGUAGCGACAUCUGAGCAUAGAAACUCUUAG